AUGGCGCCUAAACUGGUUUCUUGGCCUUUACCAAGUUGCCAAUUGGUCGAUUCAUGCUACUACUUUAAGCCAAGAAACAACUUAUAUUCACCAAUGGUCACAUUCUUCGGCAAACUAAGUUGUAAAUUUCAUACCUCUGUUAAUUUUCGUGGAGGAAUUCGUCAGUCAUCUGAGCUACUAUAUGGAAUUCAUCCUGUCUUGUGUGCUCUUACGUUUCGUCAUCGCGAUAUUUACCGGCUAUACGUCAAAGACGUAUUGAGCAACUGCAAAGAUCCCGACAAUCUCGUAGAGAUAUCAGCAUCUCAAAUAACCGAGAAAGCACUCAAAUAUGGCAUACCAGUAACUCGAGUACCAGUCGAAAAGCUCAAAGAACUAAGUAAUUCAAGAGCCCAUCAGGGUGUAAUACUUGAAGUUUCUCCUAUCACCAUACAAUCUAUUUCAGACUCGUCGAUUAAAAAUUUGUUAUUUUCUUGGAAUAAUUUAUCAGGCUGUUUACCAUACGCGAAAAAGUAUCAUAGACCUACUGUUCUACUUCUGGAUCAUAUGAUGGAUAUCAUGAAUUUUGGGAACAUAUUGCGUUCAGCGGCAUUCUUUGGUAUAUCUGCGGUCAUACUAUCUACUUCUCCGUGUGUCAGCCCAUCACCUCUAAUAAGCAAAAUUAGUGUUGGCGCAAUGGAAAGUAUCUUAUUUUAUAGGUUAACUGAUACAGUAAUGGAUAUGAAAUCCUUAUCAAAUGCUGGGUUUUUGAUAGUUGGUACUUGCGGGGAAAGUCAACUUCCAUCAACUAAAGCUUCCAAAUCUACAAAUUUUCUGAAACCCGAUGAGGUGGGCGCUAAUGAUGACAAUAACACUGGAGUUUACCCUAGACCUCUGGUUUUAGCCCUGGGAAGUGAAUCACGGGGUCUCAGCGAAAAUAUUCUAAGUGCUUGCGAUUUAUUACUACGUAUACCAGGCUUUGGAGAUUCAACCAAAUUAAAUCAAUGUCUAUCACAAAGUAUUACAUCAUCUUUAAAUGUAUCCGUUGCUGCUGGUAUUUUAUUAUAUCAGUUAACUAUGUUUCGGCAUGGACACGAAGCUGUUGACAAAUCCUCUUUUAUUUCCCAUACUGAAUAA